AUGAUUGCGAAAAUCAGCUGGCCAAACAACAACAUAACAGGCGCAGGCUUCAGGUGGAUUGGAAUUUGCAAAACUCGCAUAAAACCCAGGAAAAUGUCGGCUUUCAUUGAGGAAACCAAGAGCCUGCUGCCGCGCAUCGCCUUCAUAGCCUGCGGCUGCUUCAGUCCGCCCACGCCCAUGCACCUGCGGAUGUUCGAAAUAGCCAAGGACCACUUCGAGAUGCAGGGAACCCACCGGGUGGUCGGCGGCAUCAUCUCACCCACCCACGAUUCGUAUGGAAAGAAGGGUCUGGCCUCCGCCCUGGAUCGCUGUGCCAUGGUCAAGCUGGCCACGCAGAGCUCCAAUUGGAUCCGUCUGUCCGACUGGGAGGUUCAUCAGAACCAGUGGAUGCGCACGCAGGCGGUGCUGCAGCACCACCAGAACUACAUCAAUAACCACAUCAAUUCCGGUGGCUCCGGAGGAGAUGAUGAGCCGGACACUCACCUGGCCAGGUGGCUGCCACGCGGCCUCCACGACAGCCGGGAUCCGGUGCACCUGAAGCUCCUGUGCGGCGCCGAUCUGCUGGAGUCCUUUGCCGUUCCAGGCCUGUGGGCGGAAGCCGAUAUUGAAGACAUUGUGGCCAACCAUGGCCUGGUGGUCAUCACCCGCGCCGGCUCCAAUCCGGGCAAAUUCAUCUUUGACUCCGACAUAUUGACCAAGUAUCAGAACAACAUAACACUGAUCACCAACUGGGUGCCCAAUGAGGUCAGCUCCACGUUGAUUCGGCGACUUUUGGGACGCGGUCAGUCGGUCAAGUACCUUCUGGACGACCUGGUGCUGGAGUACAUCAAGCGCCAGCGUUUGUUUAACUUUAAAUCUAAGUAUAUAACGGAUGCAGUGCGUCCCAACCAUUUGCUCUUUAACCACGCCUACACGGACAACAACAAGAACGCGAGCAGCUAUUCUUUAAACGACCAGUUGGAGCAGGACAUGGAUGAGUCGGACACGCCCAGCCCGCAACUCCAAAAGACGGCCACAUCGCGAGUCUUUUGCUGUGGAGAAACUACCUUAAGAGGAUCUACGAAGCUACUGCGAUCCGGUCCUGGACAAGCGGUGCAGGUCAUCACCAUGCAGGCGGAUGAGAAAGAGGAGAGUCAAGCGAAGAAGCAGAAGGUUUCCCAAGUGCAAGUUUAGGAAGCUCGAAGACGAAUCUCACACGGAUCGAUACAGGAGCGCUGGAAGCUAUUUGUUGAUACUAUGUAAAUGUGCAUGUAAAAUAAACACGUUCGUUAACCCGA